AUGAUUUUGAAUGACGUUGAAGCUCUUUGGCUCUUUAGCUUGCAUGCUUUCAAGAAAGAUGAAAUACUUGAAGAUUAUCAUGCGAAACUCUCUAAACAAGUAAUAAAAUAUGCUCAAGGUCUUCCAUUAGCUUUAACAGUGUUAGGUUUGGAUCUAAAAGGUCAAAGUAUACAUCAAUGGAUAAAUGCAUUGGAUAAGUAUAAAAACAUUCCCAACAGUGAUAUUCAUAAAGUCUUAGUGAGUUAUGAAGGAUUGCAUCACACUGAGAGGGAAAUGUUCCUUGAUAUUGCAUUUUUCUUCAAAGGAGAACCUUUGGCUAAGGUCAUGGAAAUAUUUGAUAGUUGUGGUUUUUCUCCUGUUCAUGGAAUCAAGAGGCUUAUAGAUAAGUGUCUUAUUACUAUUGAAUGGAGUGAUGAAUAUGUUUGGAUGCAUGACUUGCUACAAGAUAUGGGAUGA